AUGGCUGCGGCCGCCGGCCGGCGACGGUCGCGUGCUCGGCAACGGCCCGACGCUUCACCCGCCACCGAGGCCACUACUACACAGUGGGAGAUGCGGCUUCCAUGUCAUUUACGGUUGUAUUUGGCUGCGGCGGGGUUGGAUUCAACCCAACCCGAUCCUCACCAAUCCACGCGUGCAUCCAGCCUCCCCACCGCACACCGGGAACGAGACGACUCGCUCGCGAGCGCUCUGCUUCAGCAAAGGCACCGCCGCCGCCGGGGCGGUCACCUCUCCCUCGCCGCACUGACGGCGUGCCCGACGGCAGCGGGCAAGGUUCGUCAGGCAGCGGCGUUGACUGCUGCUACUCCCGCACCGGCCUUGAUUCGGACUGCGGCAGCUCCUCAGUGCAUAUCCCCCCACCCCUCCCUCUCCUCUUGGGCAGCGGGUGCACCAGGGGUCCUCAUCACCAUGCUGUCCAGAAGAAUUACCUGCAGAUUAAAAAUGGAUUCAACAGUGGAGGAUCUAGUUAGGAAGAGGAGGAAGGAUGAUGAUGAAAUAAUGCUCAUUAUCUUAUUACCUGCCAUGUACCUUUUAAGUUAUCAAUGGAGGGAGGGAAAAGUGAGCUAGGCACUGUAAUCCGCUGAUCCUACAGACUCUCUGUGCAGUUUUGUGGAGGUACGGUGGGCCCCUAAAUAGCAUAGUGUAAAUGGUCUAAAAAAAACUAGCAUAGUGUAAAUUCGACGGUCCUACUGAUGCAUGUUUCUGUUACUAUGUACUCAACUUUAAAUCUGUGAAAGAUAUACGUUGAAGUUGAAAACCUGUGGAAGAUGAUUGCGAAAGCUAUCAUACUCAAGAGAAGUGGGUUGCAAGAUGUACUGAUUUCAAGACCGGCAGCUAUGAUUUUUUUCAAUAUACGAUCUAGCUUGCAACUUUAUGUAAGCUGUACUGUUACGUCUGAACAUUCUGCUAUGAGAGGUUGUCCUAUUCUGCUAUCAUGUUUAGAUCAA